AUAAAGUAGAAGUUAACUAUGAAAAAGACCCUGAGUCAGUACUGCGAGAAGUCAUGCUUAUUGCCGCAAACAAUAACUACGGCGAGCCUUUGUCUUGGAGUGGUUGGGUACCAGCCAUAGAUGAAAGUGGAUCAAGUAGUGUGACAGGAGGAAUAAAAGUAGAUUAUAAUCCUGAGGAAGGAAAACUUGGAUUCGAGCCAAAUGAAGGAAUAAAAAUUCAAGCUUCGGAAUAUGUGAUAGGCAAAAAAAGUAGUGAAAAGUUAACUUUGUCAGGAACCAAAGAAGGUAUUGAGGCAGUAAGCGAAGAUGAUGCUGAAUCAAAAAAAGAGCAAAAAGAUAAUCUUCGCCAUCGUAUCGAUUUAGUCAGAAUAGAAGAAGGCUAUAAAAAAUUGGAGGAAUUAAAAACUAAAGAAAAAACCUUCAUAAUUGGUCUAGACAAUCAACAAUACCAAACCCAAAUAGAAAUACCACCCAAAGAAUAA